GCGGGCAAGACGCGUCGUAAAAAGUCGCGGUGGAAUUUUCCUACGGUCUUCAGUUCCUGUGCUUUACGGUGCUAGUUGCUUCCGAGCUGGGAGAUGUCGGCGGCGGGCCGGGCGGAGAUGUUGGGUCCUCCCAGCAACUUUGCGAAGCGGCUACUGGUGACCGGGGGUGCUGGUUUCAUUGCAUCACAUGUGAUUGUCUCUUUAGUAGAAGAUUAUCCAAACUAUAUGAUCAUAAAUCUAGACAAGCUGGACUAUUGUGCAAGUUUGAAGAAUCUUGAAACCAUUUCUACCAAACAAAAUUACAAAUUUAUACAGGGUGACAUAUGUGAUUCUCACUUUGUGAAAUUGCUUUUUGAAACACAGAAAAUAGAUAUAGUACUACAUUUUGCUGCGCAAACACACGUAGAUCUUUCAUUUGUACGUGCCUUUGAGUUUACAUAUGUUAAUGUUUAUGGCACUCAUGUUUUGGUAAGUGCUGCUUAUGAAGCCAGAGUGGAGAAAUUCAUUUAUGUCAGCACAGAUGAAGUGUAUGGAGGCAGUCUUGAUAAGGAAUUUGAUGAAUCUUCACCCAAACAACCUACAAAUCCUUAUGCAUCCUCUAAAGCAGCCGCUGAGUGUUUUGUACAGUCUUACUGGGAACGAUAUAAGUUUCCAGUUGUCAUCACAAGAAGCAGCAAUGUUUAUGGACCACAUCAAUAUCCAGAAAAGGUUAUUCCAAAAUUUAUAUCUUUACUGCAGCACAACAGGAAAUGCUGUAUUCAUGGAUCAGGACUUCAAACAAGAAAUUUCCUUUAUGCUACUGAUGUAGUAGAAGCAUUUCUCACUGUCCUCAAAAAGGGGAAGCCAGGUGAAAUUUAUAACAUUGGAACCAACUUUGAAAUGUCAGUUUUACAGCUUGCCAAAGAACUAAUACAACUGAUCAAAGAAACCAAUUCAGAGUCUGAAAUGGAAAACUGGGUUGAUUAUGUUAAUGAUAGACCUACAAAUGACAUGAGAUACCCAAUGAAGUCAGAAAAAAUACAUGGCUUAGGAUGGAGACCUAAAGUGCCUUGGAAAGAAGGAAUAAAGAAAACAAUUGACUGGUACAGAGAGAAUUUUCACAACUGGAAGAAUGCGGAAAAGGCACUAGAACCAUUCCCAGUACAGUCAACAUGUGUAUAGUCAGGACAGUAUUUGGAAAAAGAAUAAAAUUAUGCUACCUCAACAAGUG